AUGCCAAGGGAAGCUUGCGAAUUUUGUCGACGGGCUAGAGCUCGACAUAAAACGAGGAAGAAAGCUGGAGCCUUUUGGUACUGCAGUCGAGGAUUGAAUCGUGUAAAUUGGAGGCAGAAAACUACAAAAUCCUGUCACAGAUCACCGGCAAUGUUGGUAAUGCGUGACGAAGAGCAUGGAACUAAUGAAGUUGAUAAGCAAAAUGAAUUUACAAAUAAUCCUACGUUGAAAGCUCUGAUCGAUUUAUUUAAAAAAGAAAAUGAGGUCGAAGAAGUGUUUUCUCCAAAAGAUAGUGCAAGUGUGCUGUCAGAAUCUGUAAAUAAUGUUGAAGCUAUUGACGAGCCGCAUGUUUUGACUCAUGCUACAAAUCAAGUGUCGAAGGAAGCAGUUUCAUUCACUGGGUCCAGAUCAGCAGAAAAACCUAACUUAACACACUUCAAGAUUGGUGAAAUAACACUUCAGCAAUGUGUGGAUUUGUUGCAGUCACUUCCGACUUCCGAUUAG